ACAGACACACACGUUAUGGCUACAUAGUACAAGUUACAUAGUAUAUACUAUAAAAUACUGUGUCUGAUUUCCAAUUCUUGUUCUAUUCGUCACUUCAAAAUUUCAACAAAAAUCAAAAACCAUGUCCAGACGACCUCUCAAAAAUGAAUUGCCUCGGGAUGCGCAUGUGGUGCAAGCUUUGCGUCGCGAGCUGCAUCGCAAUUCGCGCCAAAUUACCCAAACCUUCUGGCAGGAGUUUGAGCAGAUACGCCGUCACCAGCGCAAUCAAUUGGCUCAAGAGCGCGCCAAUCGAGAACGUAUUUCCACACUGAUGCGCGAUGCCAAUCUGGAGACACAGCGGCAAGCGGAAGCGCUUAGCCGCAGUAUCAGUUCCCAUGGCGUUAAUCCGGUUGCGCCAUCGCCCCGCAUGCGCCGUGAGCCACCAGCCAUUAUGCCCACGGCGGCAGAGAUUACGCAAGAGCUGCACAGCUCGCCGAUCUAUAAUCGCCACAGGAGGAAGGAGUCGACCGACGGCCCGGAAUCGACGCCUUCGAAGUCUCCAUCACAGCAACUCCCUUCAACCUCCUUUCAACUACCCCGUGCUCCGCCAUCAUCCAGAGUGACCAUCGAGCCAAGCACGCCUAACUUGAGAACUCCGCCCAGGACCAGUCCAAACAUAUCCAAGCUGCAUUUGGCCAACAAGCCAAAGAAGUGACAAACAGCCAAUUGUAUAUGGGACACAUUUAAAUCUAAUUUUGAGCUCAAUUUUUAGAUGAUAAAUGACUUUAGAUUCCAGCAUAAGUUGUAAUAACUGAUAUUAGUUGUCAUUGUUGCAUAUGCAUUUUCAAAUUUUUAUUAACCAACUAAUGAAAUUUAUUGUAAGAAUA